CAUUGUGUUGUAUAGACAGUUACUAAAAGUAUUGUUUUCAUUUCACUUCAUACACCCUGUGUGUUCCAUUCCUGUUGUUCCGUUAACGACAACACACAAAGAACAAGAAAACUACCCAAGACAAGCAUUACUCGACAAAUUUACAGAGGAAUAUAGAAAAGGAAAGCAAUCACAUUAUGACGGUUACCGAAGCAAAUGUAAAGGAUACCGAAAUGGAGGUGGAUCCAAGUGAGGAUACCACAAAUAAAGAUCAAGAUGUGGUGCAUAUUUUAGAAAUCCGUGAACAUAUUCGCAAAAUUGAUAAGGCCGUCAUUAGCAAUGAAUACCGCUUCAUUGCCCGUGUAUUGCGGACAUUGCCCAGCACAAGGCGUAAACUGAACGGUGUUGUUCUACGUUUCUUGGCCACAAUUGUUUAUCCACCUGGGGCUGAACGUGAAGCUGCCUUGGCAUUUGCCCCAGCCGUGGCUGCUGGUAGCCAAGAGCCCAAAGUGCAAAAGGUGCGCACCGCCACCUCUACUCCAAUUAUUGAAAUUGAUGCAUAUUUCCAUUUGUUGUUGCUGGUGAAACUCAUCGAUGACAACGAAUUGAAAAAAGCCUCAGCCUGUUCCGACGCCUUGUUGGCUAAGAUUCAGGGACAAAAUCGCCGUAGUUUAGAUUUGAUUUUGGCCAAAUUCUAUUUCUAUCAUUCUCGUGUAGCCGAGCUUACCAACAACUUGGAGGGUAUACGUCCUUUCUUGCAUGCCCGCCUACGCACUGCUACUCUACGUAAUGAUUUUGAAGGUCAAGCUGUCCUGCUGAAUUGUUUAUUAAGGAAUUAUCUACACUAUUCGCUGUAUGAUCAGGCUGAUAAAUUGGUUAAGAAGUCAGUGUACCCGGAAUCGGCCAGCAAUAAUGAAUGGGCCCGAUUCUUGUACUAUUUGGGUCGCAUCAAGGCAGCCAAAUUGGAAUACAGUGAUGCCCAUAAACAUUUGGUACAGGCUUUGCGUAAAGCCCCCCAAACUGCAGCGGUUGGUUUUCGUCAAACUGUUCAGAAAUUAAUUAUUGUGGUGGAGUUGCUUUUGGGUAACAUCCCGGAGCGUCAAGUUUUCCGUCAGGCCGCAUUGCGCAAGUCAUUGGCACCCUAUUUCCAACUAACCCAAGCUGUGAGAUUGGGUAAUUUAAAACGAUUUGGCGAAGUUGUGGAGAAUUUUGGUCCCAAAUUUCAACAGGAUCAUACCUAUACUUUGAUAAUACGUUUGCGUCAUAAUGUCAUUAAGACUGCCAUCCGUUCGAUUGGUUUGUCAUAUUCCCGUAUCUCGCCGUCAGAUAUUGCCAAGCGCCUUAUGCUUGACUCACCCGAAGAUGCAGAAUUCAUUGUGGCAAAGGCCAUACGUGAUGGCGUCAUUGAGGCCACUCUAGAUCCUGCCAAUAAUUUUAUGCGUAGCAAAGAAAGUACUGAUAUCUAUAGCACCCGAGAACCACAGCUGGCCUUCCAUGAACGUAUAUCAUUCUGUUUGAAUUUACACAAUCAAAGUGUUAAGGCUAUGCGUUAUCCUCCCAAAUCGUAUGGUAAGGACUUGGAAAGUGCCGAGGAGCGUCGUGAACGUGAACAGCAGGAUUUGGAACUGGCCAAGGAAAUGGCUGAGGAUGAAGAUGAUGGUUUUUAAACUAACGAACGCAGUUCUUUAAAUUUUGAUAUGGCAUAUAAAAAGCUGUGCUUUCUUAUUAACGAUUUAUCGAGUUCAUUCUAUACCAUUUAUUAUCGCAAACUUAACAGUAAUUAAAAAUAAAAUAAUCGAAAAUUAA